AGGUUGUGAUCGCAGGUUAGAAAUGCCGCUGAAAGUCACGGAAACACGUACAAAGCAUUAGACAUAGUGAGGGUCAUCCUGCGUCACAUAUAUGGUCGGUCUUCAUAAUUUGCAUUUAAAACUCACCCUUUCCCUGUCUACGCUAGGUAUCUGAUGGUGGCAUUACUCUACUCCUCUCGACUGAACGUCGUGGGGUUGGUGUCACACAGUAUUGCCAUACUCUGCACCAUCUUUAGGCUUGUCUACAGAGCCUGGAUGCGUCACUUGUGGUGGGAAGAUGCAUGGGCAACAUUAGCACUGAUUGCAGACGUGGUUUGCCUGGCAUGUAUCUGGCUCGAUACAAGGAUAACUUCCUGGGCCCUCACAAUCACUUUUCCCACUGUCCUGUGGGCGGCGCGGAUGAGCAUCAUUUUCUCAAUUAUCCGCAUCGCCAACCACUCGGGAUCCAAUAUCCACAAACGAAUAACCUAUCUCAUUGCAGCAUCCUUCGCGUGCAUGUGGGCUGGCGUAGUCGCUCAGAAGAUCACUAUCUGCGAAUUCCACUCCUGCAGCGUGGGUAAGUCGCUGGCGCUCUCACUUCUGAUCACGGACGUCAUUGCGGAUUUUUCCCUCGUUGCUGCGCCGCUGCAUCUUUGGAGAAACGUAGGGCUUUCACGUAGCAGAAAAAUAUUGGUCCUAUCUGCAUUCGGCGCAUCGUUUCUCAUUACCGUCAUCACAAUCCCUCACUCUAUAAUCCUCCUCAAGACCUGCAACACAGUUACGCUUAUCUUCACGCACGUCAAGACCGCCGUCAGUCUCAUCAUCUGCAACCUCCUGGUGAUUGUUACAUUCGCAUACCGCACAUUCUGGAAGGAAACAUUCGAUCUCGACGAGUCAGUCACAUCCCACGGAGUCUUCACGACCGUCGUCUUGGCGGAGAUGCCUUGUACCACAAAUUCCGGGGCGUCACUCACUGGAGAAGAGGGGACAACGCAGAUUGGGGCGAGGAAGGCGUAGAUGGAGGACGCAAACGUAAUGUAUGCUGAAGAGGGCACUAGUACAUAACCAGAAACAUAGAAACAUGGAGCAAUGAUAGAUCGCAAGGAAAGUUACAAAACAUGGUAGCAGCCCUCAUUCUAUUUCAAAACAUACUCUUUAUAUGAUA